AUGAUUCAGCCUCAACUGAUUCUGCUUCGGGAAGGAACCGAUACAUCUCAAGGUAAGCCACAAUUAAUCAGCAACAUUAAUGCUUGCAUGAAUGUGGUCGACACCGUGAAGACAACGCUUGGUCCGUGUGGAAUGGACAAAUUGAUUCACAAUGGCAGUGACGUUAACAUCUCCAAUGAUGGGGCGACUAUCAUGAACCUGUUGGAGAUUGUCCACCCUGCGGCCAAGAGCCUCGUGGACAUUGCCAUGUCACAGGAUCACGAAGUCGGUGACGGAACUACUUCCGUUGUUAUUCUGGCAGGUGAACUUCUCAAGGAGGCAAAAACAUGCGUGGAGGAUGGAAUUGCCCCGCAGGUCAUAAUCAAGGCUUAUCGCACAGCCUUGUCAGUUGCGAUGAAGACUUUGGAUGAACUUUGUAUUCCAUUUGAUUCGAGGUCUGAAGAAGGACGCAAAAACCUUGUGCGCUGCGCCGCAACAGCGCUGAACUCAAAACUGAUCAAUACUGAGUGCCAUUUCUUCGCCAAAAUGGCUACAGAUGCUGUUUUGGCGCUUGAUGACGACUUGAAUCUCGACAUGAUUGGCAUCAAGAAGGUUCCAGGAGGCAGCAUGCGUGAAAGUAUUCUUGUUGACGGUGUGGCCUUCAAAAAGACAUUCUCUUACGCCGGGUUUGAGCAGCAGCGCAAGAAAUUUGAAAAUCCCAAGGUGCUGUUGCUGAACGUUGAACUAGAGCUCAAGGCAGAAAAGGAUAAUGCGGAGGUGCGUGUUAAGGACCCCAAGCAAUAUCAGUCCAUCGUGGACGCUGAGUGGAAGAUUAUUUUUGACAAGAUGGAAAAAUGCGUUAGGACUGGCGCAAAGAUUGUCCUUUCUCGGCUUCCCAUCGGUGACUUAGCGACACAGUACUUUGCUGACCGCGAUGUCUUCUGCGCUGGACGUGUGGCUGCAGAUGAUAUGGCCCGUGUAGCUUUGGCAACGGGUGGUGUUGUGCAGUCUACAGUGAACGACAUCCCUGAAGAAGUAUUGGGCAACUGCGCUACUUUUGAAGAACGACAGGUUGGAACGGAGCGCUACAACUUUUUCACUGGUUGCAAAAACUCUAAAACAGCAACAAUCAUCCUUCGUGGUGGGGCGCAACAGUUCAUCGACGAGGCAGACCGUUCCCUUCAUGACGCUAUUUGUAUUGUAAAGCGUGCCUACAAGACAGGAUCUGUUGUGGGUGGUGGCGGUGCAGUUGAGAUGGAGCUCAGCAAGGUGCUUCGCGAGUACUCUCGCACUAUCCGUGGGAAGGAACAGAUGGUAAUCAGUGGAUUUGCGCGUGCGUUGGAGGUUAUUCCGCGGCAGCUGUCCGAGAAUGCUGGGCACGACAGCACCGACACCCUUAACAAGCUCCGUCAGAAGCACUACAUCACGGGCAGCAGCGGUAAGUGGUAUGGCGUGGACAUUAUAAAUGGUGGUGUCUGUGACACGUUUGAACGCUUUGUCUGGGAGCCAACACUAGUUAAGCGGAAUGCCAUUCAGAGCGCCACGGAGGCGGCGUGUCUAAUUCUUUCGAUCGAUGAAACCGUAACUAACCCAGAGUCAGACGCAGGAAAGAAGCAGGCUGCUGCUGCCGCUGGUCGCGGCGGUGGCGGCGCGAUGCCUGUCAGCAGGGCUGGCAUGGGCGGCAUGUUUAAGGGCGCGCCCGGUGUGACGAAGAUGAAGGGCCGUGCCGGUCGAUGA